CCCGUUAGCUCAUCAAGCUGCAAUAUUCAAGCCUUGACAUUGCGAAGAUGGACGCUGUUAUGGUGUAGACAAGGAUACAUAGAAAGCACAAACUGCGAGUUUCGGAGCUCUGUUAUGACAACAUUUCCAGUUCGUCAAGGUGGAGGCAGGAGGUGUAUGUAGAGUGCAGUAGACAUCAGCAGCAUGUAUUCUGAGUGGCGCUCGCUGCAGUUGGUGGUGCAGAGUGACCAGGGCCACCUCAGUGUCCUGCACACGUAUCCCACCACCGUGGGCACGGAGGUGGCAAAUGCUGUGGUCAAGCCUUUGGGCACAGCUGUAAGCCCUGUUGCCACAGAGAACAUCCUCAAGACAGACAAGGAGGUGAAGUGGACCAUGGAGGUGCUGUGUUAUGGCCUAACCCUUCCCCUAGAAGGGGACACUGUCAAGCUGUGUGUGGAUGUGUACACAGACUGGAUGAUGGCCCUGGUGUCGCCCAGAGACUCGAUGCCUCAGCCUGUGGUCAAGGAGCCCAAUAUGUACGUCCAGACCAUCCUUAAACAUCUCUACAACGUCUUCGUACCAAGGCCUGAACAGCACAGUCUGAACCAUAUCAGGCUUUGCCAGCAGGUCCUGACUGCAGUCCAGAAAUUGGCACGGGAGUCUGUUUCCAUGGUGAGGGAAACCUGGGAGGUGCUGUUGCUCUUCCUGCUUCGCAUCAACGACACAUUACUUGCGCCACCCACGGUUGGAGUUGGGGUGGCAGAGAAACUGGCAGAGAAAUUGAUGGCAGUGCUGUUUGAGGUGUGGCUACUGGCAUGUGCCCGCUGCUUUCCCACGCCACCAUAUUGGAAGACAGCAAGGGAGAUGCUGGCCAACUGGAGACACCACCCUCCUGUUGUAGAGCAGUGGAGCAGAGUGGCCUGUGCCCUGACCUCCAGGCUUUUGCGCUUUACCCACGGACCAUCCUUCCCACCUUUUAAGGUUCCUGAUGAAGAUGCCAGCCUGAUUCCUUUAGAGAUGGACAAUGACUGUGUGGCACAGACGUGGUACCGCUUUCUCCACAUGCUUAGCAACCCAGUGGACCUGAGCAACCCUGCGAUAGUUAGCACCACUCCAAAGUUUCAGGAACAGUUUCUUAACUCCAGCGGUAUCCCUCAUGAAGUGGUGCUGCAUCCAUGUUUGAAACAGCUACCACAGAUCUUCUUCAGGGCCAUGAGGGGCAUCAGCUGCCUCGUGGAUGCCUUCUUGGGUGUCUCUGUUGAAAAGAGAGAUGUACGGGAGAGGGUGUUCAUUUUUCCUCCAGUGCUGCUCUCUCAUGGUAUAUCACGCCCCAGAGCUGACAGUGCCCCGCCCACCCCAGUCAACAGAAUGAGCAUGUCUCCGCCCCCCUCCAUCACCAACACUACGCCCCCUCACAGCCGCAAGCAACGUCAUGCGGUGGUCACCAAAACCACGAGCAAGAGUUCAACUGGCAGCGGUAGUCAGCCAACCAAAGCAUCCCAGCAGCAACAGCAGCAGCAGACUUCGUCCUCCCCGACACUGCUUUCAAGCCCCAACCAGAGCAGUUGGGAGACUCGGCCCUUGCCAGCCCCAGCACGGCCAAAGGUCAACAGCAUCCUCAACCUGUUCGGCCAGUGGCUUUUUGAUGCCGCACUUGUCCACUGUAAGCUCCACAGCGGCCUCAGCCGAGACCCCAGCAUGACCGCGAUAGCAACUCAAGUAGGUCUGGAGCUAAGAAGGAAGGGUUCCCAAAUGUCCACAGACUCCAUGGUGUCCAACCCCAUGUUCGACGCUAAUGAAUUCCCAGAGAGCUACGAGGCAGGACGGGCUGAGGCCUGCGGAACUCUCAGCCGCAUCUUCUGUAGCAAGAAAACUGGAGAAGAUAUUCUGCCUGUUUAUCUGUCCAGAUUCUACAUGGUCCUGAUUCAGGGUCUCCAGAUCUCUGAUUUUAUCUGUAGACCAGUUCUGGCUUCUAUCAUACUCAACUCUUCCUCUCUCUUCUGUACUGACCUGAAGGGCAUCAAUGUGGUGGUGCCCUACUUCAUAGCUGCCCUGGAGACUAUUGUACCAGACAGGGAGCUGUCCAAAUUCAAGAUAUAUGUAAAUCCUACCGACUUGAGGAGAGCCUCCAUCAACAUCCUGCUUGCCAUGCUGCCACUGCCGCAUCAUUUUGGCAACAUCAAAUCAGAGGUUCUGUUGGAAGGAAAGUUCAAUGAGGAGGAUGGGUGGCCUCAUGACCAGCCCGUGUCCUUUCUGUCUCUGAGGCUACGUCUCGUCAAUGUCCUUAUAGGAGCACUUCAGACUGAGACUGACCCCACCAACACACAGCUCAUCCUGGGUGCAAUGCUAAAUAUUGUUCAAGACUCAGCACUGUUGGAGUCCAUAGGUGCACAGACUGAAACAGGGAGUAUAGAUGGGAGCCACAUGACGGUGAGGAGUCAGAGUCACAGCCGUACCAACAGUGGCAUUAGUUUCACGAGCGGGGGAAGCACGGAGGCCACAAGCCCAGACUCUGAGCGUCCUGCACAGGCCCUGCUCCGAGACUACGCUCUUCCAGAUACGGCGGCAGGCCUGCUGGUGCGCAGCAUCCACCUGGUCACUCAGAGACUCAACUCUCAGUGGAGGCAAGAUAUGAGCAUUUCACUGGCUGCCCUGGAGCUGCUGGCCGGGCUUGCCAAGGUAAAGGUUGGAGUGGACUCUGCAGAUCGUAAACGCGCCGUCAGCUCUAUAUGUGGGUACAUUGUGUACCAGUGUAGCCGUCCAGCUCCUCUUCAGUCCCGAGACCUGCACUCCAUGAUUGUAGCUGCCUUCCAGUUUCUGUGUGUGUGGCUCACAGAACAUCCUGACAUGUUGGAUGAGAAGGAUUGUUUAGUAGAGGUGUUGGAGAUUGUGGAGCUAGGAAUCUCUGGCAGCAAAUCCCGACAGGAACAGGAAGUCCGACAUAAAGGGGAGAAGGAGCACAACCCAGCUUCAAUGAGGGUGAAGGACGCUGCUGAGGCGACUUUGUCCUGUAUUAUGCAGGUGUUGGGGGCAUUCCCUUCCCCCAGCGGGCCUGCCUCCACCUGCAGCCUGCUGAAUGAAGACACCUUGAUUCGCUAUGCCAGACUCAGUGCCACAGGAGCGAGCAACUUCCGCUACUUUGUCCUGGACAACUCGGUCAUCCUGGCCAUGCUGGAGCAACCUCUCGGCAAUGAGCAGAACCCCAGUCCAUCAGUGACAGUUUUGAUCCGAGGGACAGCUGGCAGACAUGCCUGGACCAUGCAGCUCUUCCACCAACCCAGAGGAGCUCGGGCCAAUCAGAGGCAGAUGUUUGUUCCAGAGGGCCGUCCAACGCCUAACAAUGAUGUGGGUAUCAGAUACAACGUCAAGCAGAGGCCCUUCCCAGAAGAGGUGGAUAAGAUUCCUCUUGUCAAAGCUGAUGUCAGCAUUCCUGACUUGGAUGACAUUGUCAGCAAAGAGCUGGAAGUUCAGCAUGACAGGCUUCGUGUUCAGAUGACCAAGCAGAUAGAGUAUGAGAACGCCUUGGAGCGGCACAGCGAGGAUAUCUGGAAGUCCAAGCCUUACCCUGACCCACAGACAGACUGCAAACCUCCUCCACCCUCGCAGGAGUUCCAGACAGCACGCCUCUUCCUCUCUCACUUUGGCUUUCUGUCUCUGGAGGCACUCAAGGAGCCCAACAACAGUCGUCUACCUCCUCAUCUGAUUGGCCUGGAGUCAUCCCUGCCAGGGUUUUUUGAUGACAUCAGCUACCUGGACCUGCUUCCCUGCCGACCAUUUGACACUGUCUUUAUUUUCUACGUGAGGGCUGGACAGAAAAGUAGCCCUGAGAUCCUGCGGAAUGUGGAGUCGUCAUCUAGCGUCCAGCCCCACUUUUUGGAGUUCCUGCUGUCCUUGGGCUGGCCUGUGGACGUGGGACGCCACCCAGGGUGGACAGGACACCUAGAUACCAGUUGGUCCCUUAACUCCUGCUCCGAUAGCAAUGAUAUACAACAAACGGAUGAUGCAGCUACUCCUGAGGACACAGGAGGUUCAGUGUUCAACGGGGAGAAGAAAGUUUUAUACUAUGCUGAUGCUCUGACAGAGAUUGCCUUUGUUGUUCCAUCUCUAACAGAAAACUCUGAGGAGUCAUCAGUGCACAGUGACUCCACAGUGGAAGCAGACACGAACACAGACCUCAUGCCUGGUUUAAACAAACAACCUAAUCUCACACUGGAGCUGUUCCCCAACCAUUCUGAAAACCUGGAGUCUGCCAAAAAGCUGAGUCCUUUGGUAAAGACAAAGAGGUCAUCGACUGGAAAGUCCUUCCCACCACUGGGUCCGGAGACGAAGGUGUUUGUGGUCUGGGUAGAGCGCUUUGAUGAUAUUGAAAACUUCCCCUUGUCUGAUCUCUUGGCGGAAACCAGCACGGGCUUGGAAGCCAGCAUGAGCAACAGCACUUCCUGCAGGUCAGGGUUACUAGAGAAGGAUGUUCCUCUGAUCUUCAUCCACCCUCUGAAGACGGGGCUUUUCAGGAUCCGGCUGCAUGGAGCCGUGGGUAAAUUUGGCAUGGUGAUUCCCCUGGUGGAUGGCAUGGUGGUCAGCCGCAGAGCACUAGGGUUUCUCGUGCGCCAAACGGUCAUCAACGUGUGCCGACGGAAGCGUCUGGAAAGUGACUUGUACAACCCGCCUCACGUGAGGCGGAAGCAGAAAAUAACAGAGAUUGUCCAGCGUUACCGCAACAAGCAACUGGAGCCCGAGUUUUACACCUCGCUCUUCCACGAGGUGGGGGAGGGAAAGCCUCACCUCUAACCCCCCUGCCCUGUCCUAACACUGGCUCACAAGCGCACACAACACACACACACGCACACACACACACACGCACUCUUAUCCUAUACUCAUACACCAUUUACAACUGUGCGUGCACACACAAACACACACACACACACUCACACACACACACACACACUCACACAGAAUCUUUAUAUUUAUACUGUACUGUUUUGUUAUUUAUAUGAAUACAUAUAUCAACACUGUCUGCCUUUGACUCAGAGAGCAAAGUGUCAAAAACCAUGCCAAGGUGGAAAAAGCUGCAUUUCUAUGUCGCAGCCACUCACUGAAGAUUUGAAUGGCUGAAGUUCAACAGUGACUGUCUCUCCUCAUUUAGGUCCAUGCUUUGUGGCAAAAGAGUUUCUGCUUGUCAUUAACUGCAAUACAAUAGUUACACUGUUGGCCUUUCUGAAAUUGUAAAAAGUUUGUCCUUUUAAACCCUGUGAUACGAGUGGAUUUCAUGAUGGUUUGGUAAUACAGAGUUCUGUCCAAAAUCCAGAUCUGCAUAUCUGUUUUUGUUUUAAUCAAACGGAUUUAUAGUUGGAUUUUUGCAAAGGAGAUAAACAUGCAAGCGUUAUAAAAAAAAAAAGUUUUGUAAUAUACAUCACUGCUGCUUCAAAGCAAGCGGCUUCGAGAGAACAAGGAAAAUGAUUGACAGCAUCCACCCAUUGUCUGAAUUUGACAACAAAUCGCCAUCUACAUGCAGACACCUGCUAAAGUCUUCCUCGUGCGAACACACAUUCGGCCAUCGCAGCAGCUGACUGAGCACACAGAUAUUGCUGUUUAUAUAUUUUUUUUUCCAGAUGAUUUCUAGGACUCCUACGUUGUAUUACUGUAUGUGGAUGUCAUUUUUGACACCUGCGCUGUCUCUGUGCCAGUCUGAAAGUCAUCCCAUCUCACAAUAGCCACUGCACUGUUUGUGUGUGUGUGUAUGUGUGUGUAUGUGGCCACAUGUAUGCUUGUUCAGCCAGUCAAAUUACUUACACUACAAGGAGUCACAGUGACCCCUAAAAACCCCAUAUGUGGCAUUUAAAUAGGAAUUAUGUAACUUAAAACAAAUCUCAAGAUGACACAGCUUUGAAAUUUUUCUCGGUCAAGACUUAACCCAAGAACUGGUUUCUCUUAAAGGGAUAGCGCCGAUUUUUGGAAGUGGUGUUGUACAUUCUUAUCCCAGGACAAUAUACUGCAUGCAGUAGAUUUCAACCAACACAACCCCAGUUUGGAGAGGCAGGCUAGAGUCUGACAUGGAAGCUAAGCAAUCUACUGCUGUGGAGGGGUCAGCAACAAAAUGUACUUUAACCACCUUAAAAAGUCCCAUCUAAAAACAUCAAUAUCAGUUUCAGUGUAUGCUCUAUUGAGACUAUUUUUACUGCUUUAACUUGCUGUCAGACAGUGAUUUCCAGCGGGAAAAUUAAGCUGUCAUCAUUGAGAAAAAACAUAAUUUAACAUUGCUGAACACAGGAGCUGCUGGUCUACUGCUGCCUCGAUCAAUUAGUUUGUGUUAUUGUGUGACUUUGGUGUUUAAGCAGAGUUUGUUUUGAUUCAACAAAGUCACACAAUAACACAAAUUAACUAACUAAUCGAGGCAGCAGUAGACGAGCAGCUCCUGUGUGCAGAUAACUCAAACUAUUGUUUUUCUCAAUGGAGUCGGGUGGCUUUGAUGAAAGCAUAGAUGGGGAACUGAAACGGUGAUCGGUAUCCCCGCCAAAGUGGGCUGCCUGAUGGUAAGGUAAAAUGGUGAAAAUACACUUAAUAUAGCAAGGUGGGACUUUUUUUCAAGUGGCUACAGUACGAUUUGUUGCUGCCCCCAUCCACAGCAGUGCGUUGCUUAGCGUCUGUGUUGGCACUCCUGCCUGCUUCUCCAAACUUGAGCCGUGCUAACUGACAUCUAAAUAUGUAGUACACUGAUAGAUAAGUACCCCAUGCAACCCUACUUCAAAAAAUCCGAACUCUCCCUUUAAUGCUUUGUAAUGUUUGACUUUACUGAUAUAAUUGUAGUUAUGGAGCUGCUGGAGUUUGCACUCGGUGUUUGCAGGGCUAUUAUGAAAUGACCGCAAAGACAUUUUAGGUUUGAAGUCUCUGCCAAUACCAAACACAACUAUAGCACAUUUUAAGUGUCUUGCUUCUCCAAACAAAUCUAUGGUGAUGCAUUCAAAGGCCAAAACAUUAAAUGUAGCUAACAGCAUUAUAUACAGCUUGCAUUUUGGCUGAUCAAAGCUGUAAUUUUUUGACCCAGAAAGAGCAUCAUUUAACUUGUCAGAUUAGUUUGGAUAACACAAAUGUGCUGAUUUGCCUUCACACGUUUUAGUAACUUUUUUUUUUUUUUUUUUGGCUUCACAAUCUUUUUCACUUUUGUUUACUCACUGUACUUUGGUUUUUGAUUCAAGCCCUCUCACUGUCUGCCUGUAACAAUGUGAAUCUAUUUAUCACAGCGAUGGAACAGGGCAAACACCUCUAGUUUCUUUGUUAUAUUGGAAAGUCUUAAUGCACUGAGCACAUGUUACGUUUAUUUUCUAUUCCCUUUGGUUACCUUACGUGUCCUUUUGUACUUUUGUGCAUUUUGAAAGAAAAACCCUGCUGAAGGAAAAGUUUUAUCUUGUGAAAUAUGAAUGAAGGAGAGGUGUCGUGGAGUUUUUAACCUAUCAUGUCUAAUUGUGUGACUCACUUUUUAUGACCGUGCUUUAUGCACAUUGCCUUUUUUUGGAAGGAAAAAGUACAUUAAAUAUGCUUCAAAGAAACUCCAUACAAUCAGUCAUACAUUGUAUCCUAUGUUACUCCUCUGAUGUUUGAUCAUAUUUAAAGAUUUGCCAUGUACAGAAGCGGAGGAUAAUAUGUAAAUAUAUGAUAGUGUAAGGCAUUUACAAGUUGUCUGUUGCAUUCCUCAUCUGAGUUGGCGAGGAAAGUUAUGUAUGUAUGCAAUUAUGUGUGGGAGCAUCACAAUGGGUAUUGAAUGUAACAUGCAUCGAUUAAAACUAUUAUUGACAUUUUAAUUUCUCCCAUUCCUAAUAUCUGAUUUUUUUGUUCACAGGAUGUCUAUGAGGAAUAAAAUUAAGUUCCACUUUUA